AUGUCACAGAUCACAGAUAUUAUCACUGUCCAUAAGAACGUGCAGGAAAGCUUGCUGAAGAAGAUGGGUGACAUAGAGGCUCAAAUCCAGUCAGCUGGAUCAUCGAAGGACACCGUGGCCAGGAUAGCUGAGGAGUUCCGCACCUUCCGGGAGCUGGUCUUCGAUAUGUUAAAGCUGCUGCGGAGCCAGGUCACAGAGUGCUGCAGAAAUAUAGAUGGCCUUGAAAUGCGAAACCGUCGCAAGGCUGUUGUAUUUCAAGGCAUCCCAGAGGAGGACAAGGAAGACUGCAGCCAGGUGAUGUUGCAGAUCAUUAAUGGCAAAUUGGGCCAGGAUUUCCCGGUGUCUGCACUUAAGGUGUGUCACCGACUUGGAGUGCAUAACAAAAGUCAUCAUAGGCCGAUCCUAGUGCGGUUCUCUAGUGUGGACUACAAGGCUUCGGUCUGGAGGGCAAAGACUCGACUGCAGGGCACCAAAAUCACGGUCAAGGAAUUCCUGACUAGGCCCAGACAGGAGGUAUUUGUUAGAGCUCGUCAGCAUUUCGGCAUGCGUGCUUGCUGGACUCAGGACGGCAACAUCUUCCUCAAGGCGUCUGACGGAAGCAAGCACAGAGUCGUUUGCAUGGAAGAACUUAGUCCUCUACUUGACAAAUAUCCCAGUCUGCAGAGUGUGUCGCAGAAGGCAGCCGGGGGCGGAGCAGGGGCACACACGAAUAACAAUAAGUGCGCGAACUCCGACGUUCGUUUGGGGUUUGAUUGGGCCUAUGGUAUCCUCACUCACAUGGCGAAGGACAACGUUGUGUAUACAUGGAACAUGGACUUCAACCGCAGCUUACUUGGCGCGGCCACCAUCCUGGUCCCGAAGACCACGGCCACACCAUCGUCCACCACCAUGCCAACGUGGGCACACAACUCCUGGGUGUGUCUCUUUACUGCCAUGUUAGCUGUUGCCAUUGGAGGGAAUGUCAUCGUCAUCUGGAUUGUGACAGCUCACCGACGGAUGCGGACAGUCACCAACUACUUUCUCGUCAAUCUUUCCUUCGCUGAUCUGAUGAUGGCUUCCCUAAAUUGUCUUUUCAACUUCAUCUACAUGUUACACAGGUCGGCAAAGAAGCAGGCGAUUUACCUGAUGUAUCUCUACGUUGUCGUCGUGGUGGGGCUUGAGGGCUUUGACCCUUGGUCUUAUAUCGGUCUAGUUCGCUUGGAUCGAGAUAGGGCUGGGGCGAAGAGUCCGACUAAACGAGAUACAACCCAAGCCAAGGUUGCAUACGCCGAGGGCUGCAUGGCUAAGGGGGUGCUUAGUCGCGAGUAUGCCAACUCUGGAGACCAGGGGACCUCCAGUUUUAAUUACCCUUGCCACAGUGAACGCAGGGCUCUGCUGUGGUCGACCUGUUUAGUCCCUAGCUACUCGUGGGAAUAA